AUGCCUCAACUCAGCUACGCACGUUACGGCAAGGACAAUGUUCGUGUCUACAAGGUCCAACGAAACGAAGACGGUACCCAGGAUGUGACCGAGAUGACCGUCUGCACGUUGUUAGAGGGAGACAUUGCCGAGUCAUGGACCAAGGCCGACAACAAGAACAUUGUGGCUACAGACACUCAGAAGCAGACAGUAUACGUGAUGGCGAAGUUGCAUCCGGUGAACCCGCCGGAGCUUUUUGCAAGCAUCCUCGCGAACCACUUCUUGAAGCAGUACAGCCAUAUCUCUGUCGCCCACGUGAGCGUGAUUGUCCAUCGCUGGACUAGACUUGUAGUCGAUGGCCAGCCUCACCCGCAUUCAUUCUUACGCGACGGGGACGAAACGCGAACAGUCAAUGUGGUUGCGAGAAGAGAGAAGGGCACCAAAGUCACCAGCGGUAUCAAAGGCCUCCUUGUCCUCAAGAGCACCGGCUCUCAAUUUUGGGGCUUCCAUCGCGACGAAUACACACGCUUGCCAGAGACAACGGAUCGCAUCUUGUCAACAGAAGUUGAAGCAUCAUGGGUCUGGGACGAAUAUGCAAACCUCGACGACAUUCAGCGGGAUCAAGGCGUUUUCAAUGAGACCUGGAACAAAGCAAGAUCCAUCACUUUGGAUACAUUCGCCAAGGAGAACAGCCCUAGUGUACAGAAUACCAUGUAUCUGAUGAGUGAGCAAAUCCUAGCAGCUGCGCCAAAAGUCCAGUCUGUGGACUACACCCUACCAAACAAACACUAUUUCGAGAUCGAUCUCAGCUGGUUUGACGGCCUCAAGAACACUGGCAAGGACGCGGAAGUGUAUGCUCCACAGAGCGAUCCAAAUGGUCUGAUCCAGAGCACCGUGACACGCGAUGGCGCUUCUUUCACUUCAUCGUAG